AUGGGGUCGCGGGGAAGGACCCCCGACUCGGGGAUUGAGACAGCCAACCCGUUUAAUGGAGCUGGGAGGGAGACACCAAAAAUACUCCUUUCUGGUACAGGAAUAAUACGGGGAAAGAGAACGGAGGCAAGCACAGGUGACAGAAAAACUUCUGGAAGGGUGGGGGAGCUCAAGGAGGUGGGACUUCCGGCCAGGUGGGCCGUCUUUCCAGCCCCUGGAAGAGGAUUUCCGGCAAAGAAAGUCAGGCCGCUUCCAGCAAUGGACGCUCAAGACGAAGGACUUCCGGUCCUAAAAGGCCGAUUAAAAGAAAGGAUGGGAGCUACAGUUUUUGUGCAGCCCCUGGACCUGGUGAAGAACCGGAUGCAGCUGAGUGGGGAAGGAGCCAAGACACGAGAGUACAAAACCAGCUUCCAUGCCCUCACCAGCAUUCUGAGGGCAGAAGGGCUGAGGGGCAUUUACACCGGGCUGUCAGCUGGCCUGCUGCGCCAGGCCACCUAUACCACUACUCGCCUUGGUAUCUAUACCGUGCUAUUUGAGCGCCUGACUGGGGCUGAUGGUACACCCCCUGGCUUUCUGCUGAAGGCCCUGAUUGGCAUGACUGCAGGUGCAACUGGUGCCUUUGUGGGAACACCAGCUGAGGUGGCUCUUAUCCGCAUGACCGCUGACGGCCGGCUUCCAGCUGACCAGCGCCGUGGCUACAAAAACGUGUUUAAUGCCCUGAUUCGAAUUGCCCGGGAAGAGGGCGUCCCUACACUAUGGAGGGGCUGCAUCCCUACCAUGGCUCGGGCCGUCGUCGUCAAUGCCGCCCAGCUCGCCUCCUACUCCCAGUCCAAGCAGUUUUUACUGGACUCAGGCUACUUCUCUGACAACAUCCUGUGCCACUUCUGUGCCAGCAUGAUCAGCGGCCUGGUCACCACCGCUGCCUCUAUGCCUGUGGACAUUGUCAAGACCCGGAUCCAGAACAUGCGAAUGAUUGACGGGAAGCCGGAAUACAAGAACGGGCUGGAUGUGCUGGUGAAGGUCGUCCGCUACGAGGGCUUCUUCAGUCUGUGGAAGGGCUUUACACCAUACUAUGCCCGCCUGGGUCCCCACACUGUCCUCACUUUCAUCUUCUUGGAGCAGAUGAACAAGGCCUACAAGCGUCUCUUCCUCAGUGGCUGAGGCGAGCGAGGGGCCUGGAGCUGCUGUGCCGGGGCUCCCACUCGCCCGCUGCUCCUACAGUCAGUGUGCCCCCCGGGGGACCUAGACUCUGCUGCCCUGGGCCCCGCUAUUUAUUUUCCCUCCACAGUAUGGUUCCCUCCUCUGUGAUAAGGGACUUGUGGUCUGUCCUGCCCCUGCUCCAGCUCGCCCUCCUUGCCCUAAUCAUCAUGAUCUCUCUGUCCCUGCCUGUGCCCUGCACAGAGGUGGGAAGCUCCCUGCAGAUUCCUGGUCUCCUCUUGGGUAUUAGUUUCAGGGCACAUAGUACAGCAGAAGGCCCCCCCUUCUCAGUGGGGAAACCAAGGCAGAGCUGAGGGGACAGGAGAGAGCCGAAGCUGUCAAGAUGAUCAAAGGUCUGCAGUGGGAGGACAUGGCCCUUCUUUCUUCCACGUCACUGAGGACGUAAUCAAUAAAUUGGAUUGAUGACACCACCCCCAAAUCUGGAGAGCUGUGGGCGCAGGAGGGGGAGGAGACUGGACAAAGAAGCGGAUGCCCCUGGAGAACAGGAACUGGAGUUCUUAAAAAAAGUUAUUAAAGAAAAAGUACCCGCUGUUUUUAUGCAAA